UCAAAGAUUCCUGCUCAAAUACGGAAGUGAUUUUCAGCUGUCAAACAGAUUUAUUUCAAAACAGUAACUGCUCUUACUUAAAAAGUCCUUACAGACACCUAACUGUAUUACAUAAUGGACUCUCUACGAUGGCUGCCACUGGAGUCUAACCCAGAAGUCAUGAAUAAGUUUGUCAACUGUUUGGGAAUGAGAGCAACCUGGCAGUUUGGAGAUGUGUGUGGACUUGACCCAGAACUUCUUAGCAUGGUUCCCAGACCUGUGUGUGCAGUCCUGCUGCUCUUCCCAGUGACAGAGAAGUAUGAAGCUUUCAAAUUGGAAGAGGAGAAGAAACUGAAGACUGAAGGCCAGGAGAUCUCACCUGAUGUUUACUUCAUCAAGCAAACAAUUGGAAAUGCCUGUGGAACCAUCGGUCUGAUUCAUGCAGUGGCAAACAACCAGGCACAGCUGGACUUUGACUCUGACUCCUCUCUGAAGAAGUUUCUUGAACAUACCUCUAAAAUGACCCCAGAGGAAAGGGCCAACUUCCUGGAAAAGGAUGAGAGCAUACGUGUAACACAUGAAUCCAGUGCACAGGAAGGACAGACUGAGGCUCCAAGCCUAGAUGACAAAGUGAACCUACAUUUUAUAGCUUUUGUGAACGUGGGUGGAAAGUUAUAUGAACUGGACGGCCGCAAGCCGCUCCCUGUUGUCCACACCAAAACCUCUGAAGACACUUUCCUUGAGGAUGCCAUAGACGUCUGUAAAAGCUUCAUGGCUCAUGAUCCUCAGGAGGUUCGUUUUAACAUCAUUGCUCUAUCCAAAUUCUCAGACUGAAGGGAAAAAUCCAAACAAUCCAAAAAUUGAUACAACUUCUACUGCCAAGUUUCGUGCUGACUUUAUUGAAAUUUAUUUGUGACGUUUGGAUAGAGUAAAUAAAACCUCAAGAACAUUGCUGUAACACAUCCAGUAUUAUUUCACUCACUCAUUAAAAUUGUUGCAUCUGUUAACUGAA